ACAUAUUGUUAAUUUUUGAAGUAAGGACACAUUUUCAGCACUAUGUAAAACAAGGAGCCUAGAGUAUGGUUCACUGAGCCCUAGUGGCCAUGGACUCUAAGCUGACUAGAUGGUCCUCCCUGGCAGAGUUUCUCCAGUCAGAAAAGCUGUCAGAAUACAUUCCCACAUUCUCAACUCUUGAUCUUAAGGCCUUCAGCAAGCUUACGUUUAAGGAUAUACAAUCUCAAGUAUCGCCUAUUUAUGAUCGACAUAGAAUUGUUGAUGCUGUUAACUUUGCCAAAGCAUGCUUAGAUCCUGAUACAAGUAUGGAUACAGAUCCGUUGAGAAAGCUAACCCCAACCAAUGCACAAGUUGCAGAUGAUGUUAUGAAGACUCCUACCAAAUCAUCCUUCAAUAAAAUGAAAACUUCAACCCCCUCCAAGAGAUACCUAGCAACAGCACUAAAGUCUGCUUUGAGGCCCACUAAAUCUCUGAGUCCACCUGUAAAACAAAGAGGUAUACCCGAGAGGAAAAGUUUAUCUUCCUACGAGCAUUCUCUUGCACCAUACGAGUCGGAGGGCAGUGACGGGGACACUGACCCUGAUACUACAGAUUCAGAGAUUGAUAGCUUGCUGGACGGGGCCCUAUUUUCAAGACCCGCUGCUAAAUCGGAGCCUCCAGAUAUUUUCUCAGAAACUUCAGGACUUGGAGAGGAGGAAGGAAGCAAUCUUGUCAGGUUAAGAAGGAAUUUAGGGUCUUCAGAUCCCAGCCUUUCUACUGCGGACAAGAGCGGUGAAAAUGCUGAACUCGUAGGCUAUCACCGGAGCAGAUCAAACCGCCGGGCCACAGAAUACAGACUGUCCAGCGGAGAGUUUUCUCCGUGUCACAGCCCGUGUCCCUCCCCCAGAGCCCUGUCUCCAAAUAGACCGCCUACUCUGCCUAACUUGGUGAACCUCAACUACUACAACACACAUCGCAGAUGGUCAGUGGCGUCCUCGGCAUCAGACUACUACUCGGGAUCUCCUUCAAGUCUUUCGAGUGCAAGUUCUCAGGAGCGACUGUACGUCCCCGGCUACAGAGUAUCAGAUGAGGACGUUUCCCACAUUCAACUUCAGCGACAACACAGUCAAGAUGCAGCGAAGAACAGACCUCGACCUCGUGCAAGGAGCCUGUCCCCGGAGAGGCAGCCUGAAAGCAACCUUGCUAAUGAAACUUCCUUUAACAUUUACAAAGACAGAUUCCCUCAGGCUAAGGAUGAGAUGGAGAAAGAUUUACAGAAUUUCCUCGAGGAGUCCCAUACAAGGAGUGAAGGUAUAGUGAAAGGAGAAGCGAACGCUAACUUUAUACACCACCGAGUGUCUGAAUUAGCCAAGGAUAUUCUGGAACAUUCCAAAGAAGAGCGUAUCACAGACACAUACUUUGAGGAGGUAUCGACGACAUUAAUGCGACUAAUCAGUGACUCUGAGCGGACUGCUGCCGACAUGUUAUCUGGUACCCACACAGGAGGACUCGUUACUAAGGAGGCUUCUGAGCUGCUCAAGAUCAUUUCUCGCAGUGCCCGAUUGUUGGAGUGUCUGACGUUUAGUGUAGGCAGUUUCUACUCCAAGAUACAGGAGGGAACUAUUGAUGAGCUGCUGAGGAGCACUGCUAGUUUACCACGAUACAUUUCUAGUAGACUCAGUACCAAAUUCGGGGUGAUAGAAUCAGAAGACCCCACGUCCCCGGCCACCUCGCAACCCUCCCACACCCCUCACCCAUCCUCCUCUGGUACUGAGGACGAGGCCCAGGAGCGGUCUCAGUUCAAUGAGGAGGACUUCGAGAACAGAAAGCUCAUCAGCAACGGAGCUUACGGUGAAGUUUUUCUGGUGAAACAUGUUGAAAGUAAAGAACUCUUCGCUCUGAAGCGGAUACGAAAGGACCGUGUAAUCGAGCGAAAUGAAGUGCAGCGGGCUUUCAUGGAGCGGGAUAUCCUCUCAUUCAUGCAGAACCCUUUCGUUGUGUCAAUGUUGUGUAGUUUCCAGACGAAGACCCAUCUGUGUAUGGUGUUGGAGUAUGUGGAGGGAGGCGAUGUUGGGACUCUGCUCAAGAAUAUGGGUGGUCUGGAUAUUGAUCUUGCGAGAAUGUAUCACGCGGAGACGUUACUAGCUCUGGAGUACAUUCACAGUUAUGGUAUCGUGCACAGAGAUCUCAAGCCUGAAAACCUCCUCAUCACAAAGGAAGGUCACAUCAAACUCACUGACUUUGGUCUCUCAAAGUGCGGUCUCAUGCAGAUGGCCACCAGACAAUUUGAAAACUCCAUGGCUGCGUUUGAUGACGAUGUGGGUUGUAUCGGAACUCCAGACUACAUCGCACCGGAAGUGUUCUACUCGCGACAGUACGGUUUCUCAGUCGAUUGGUGGAGUAUGGGUAUCAUACUGUACCAGUUCCUUGUGGGGUGCACUCCUUUCCGGGGCGAGACUAUCGAGGCUUUGGUGGAGAAUAUUAAUCCUAGGAAUAUAGAGUGGCCUGGCCCUGAUGAUGACCCGGUUGAGGAGGAAGCUAAAGACUUGAUUCUGGGACUGCUGUUCAUGAACCCUUCAGAGAGGCUUGGUGCUCAAGGAGCACAGGAAGUGAAAAAACACCCUUUCUACCAAACACUCCACUGGGACGAGCUGAUCAUGCACAAAGCAGAGUUCGUACCUUACUUGGACAGUGAAGAGGACACUUCUUACUUCGACUCUCGUGACGAUAUGUACGAUCACUCCAUAACGGAGGACUGUUUGCCAAGUGUAGAGGACAACUCACACCACAUAAAGUAUUUUGACAGUGUUAAUUGGAGCAGUGCCGACCAGUUCAUCGCUCUCAAUUCGCCAAGGCACCGACACCUGUCACAUGACAGCAUCGACAGCGGAACGGAUAACCAGCCGUCCCUGUCCACUGACGACGGUCACUCCAGCAGUGGAGAGCAGAACACCUCCUUCCACACCAGUUCGCCCCGUGAGAGAUGUUUUUCGGACAGUAUUCUCCGGAAACCCAUCAAAGAGGAACCUGGUCCAAGCAGACAGACUAAAACCCCCGACCCACCACUGACUACACCAAAACCACUACAACCUGACAAUAAGACAUUAAAGACUUUACUAGUACCAAAAGCGAGCUCCACACCUACAAAGCCCGCUAAUAGAGUCUCGCCAGGGAGCAAGUGUUCUGCGGAUCUGUAUAGGAAUCUAUGUACCCCAGUGAAGGUAAAGCCAGGCUACACCCUGCCCAGCUCCUGAGACCAGCCCCCGGCCUAUAUUCGACGCCUCUAUUGACGCCUCUGUAGAUACUACUUCCUCUGAUUCCGGGGAAGUUGAGAGGGACAACCAGCAGGAUGUUCCGGUGGAACCACUUCCUCCAGUCCAUAUCCCAUUAAGCAAGCCUCCCGUUAAGAAGCUAGACCUGUCCUCCCUUCACUCCAAACACCUCCACGUCCCUGAGAUGGACGAUGAUAUUGAGGGGUACCGCUUUGGAGAGAGGAAUGUAACUCUUGUUAAAGGACCCAAAGGAUUCGGUUUCACCCUGAUCGUGAUCCGAGUACAGACCCCUCUCGGUAACGGUGACAGUAAGGUCGUGCUCCGACACCUGGUAUCCAACGUGGUGAAGUACGGAGCUGCAGCUGAGUCGGGGCUAAAGAAGGAUGACCUGAUUAACGCUGUUAACGGUAUCAGCACUGUCCCCCUUACUCAUCAGACUGUUGUGGAUCUCAUACAAAAUUCCGAAGGACAGGUACAACUAACAGUGCAGAACAUAUCACACACGACAAUUGAAAUGAGAACCUCUAAAACAAAGGGGAAGAAGAAAAAGCGGCAAUCUUCCUUCUUCAGAAAAGCUGCCCACGCAAGAGGAUAUCACGAUUCACUGUCUAUGGAGAAGAUCCUUCACCUCAAUCGUUCCAGGACGAGAGAAAAGCAAAACUCUGAUUCUGACAAGAGUGGUGGAGAACAGGAGACGCUCAUGAUACACGGACACCAGGUCUUCUCGGAAGCCUCUAGUGAGGCUGAGUCUGGUGUAAUAAAACCUGGCAAGACAAGAUCUAAAUUCAGCAGACGGCGGCCCUCCUCAAACUUUGUAGCUCCGGUGUCACCCCUCGCCAGGACACCCUCUCCCACGGGUCACAACUGUUACUUCAACAACGCUGCAGCUGAUCCUGAGAGGAAAACUCCCCGGACUACAGCCCAGAAAACCCUUCAUAUUACUCACCCCCGCACCCAGUCACUGAGCAGUAUAACUAAGAGAGAAGCCACAUCCCCGGCAGUAAGCUCGCCACUCUCCACUCGGAAAACUCUCUCUCCGUGCCUGACUCGACGAGCAAAACAUCACCCUGUCACCCCGGGAAGCAGCAACAAACAAGCGCCGAACAAGAUGCCGAGUCCGGGAGCCAUGACUCCGACCACCACCCCUCUCUGUCGCGAGACCACCGGUCUCGAGUCCCGCGCCACCGCCCACUUAGAUCCACUAAAUCAUCCAAUAUCUAGCGAACACUUUGUUAGUCCUGUCUCCGCUGUGAGGGGAGACCAUCUCAAACCCUCCAACAGACACAGGAAGAAAUCAUGGGUCCAAGGUAUUGAGGACCAGCAGAUUUUGUAAAAGUAGGAGGUGUGUGUGUGUGUGCGUAGAGUAACAACAUUUUUACAGACUUAUCAGACUUUAAUGCUAUUUUUUAUCAAACGCUUUAUUUUUAAGCGAAUUUUAUGAUCAGCAAGGGAACAAGGAGGACCUUGUUCCGUUACUAUGGUUACAAAUUGAACUCGCAAUGUUCUUGUCUCUUCCUUGCUGGCCCUAACGCUGAAUUUUGUAUUUGUUUUUACAUCGAGAGAGAGUUUGUAACUCUUAAAAUAGUUGAUAUAAAGCGUAUUAUCUGUACGCCAGUUACAAAAGGUGUUGCUGGUCAUGAGGAGGCGUGUUACGCCGGCCCCCCUGGAUAGCAACAUCUAUUUGUAGUUUGUACUUGAAGUUUUUCAAGUUAUAAAAUAUCUGUUUUGUACAAAUAUAACUUAGGUUUUUCAAGCAUUUAGACGAUAAAUGCAGCAUGCUGCUUGGUGAGUAACCUUCCAAAUUUCCCCCACUAUUUUAUGAAAGAUAACUUUCACUAUGAUCAGUGCCAAGUGGCAACGCUGUUAAAAGCUUAGGAUUUUUAAUCAGUUAUCCCUUUGCAUUUUGAACUCAACGCCCCUUUU